AUGAGGGAUAACCUCUGCAUCCCCUUCGAUGGAGCAGGUCGCGUCAUCCAAACCUUUCGCUCGUGCGGCAUCGUCGCACAGGCGAACGGAAGCAUCUUGACUUGCGCCAAACCCGCAGACAUGGCUAGACUUGCCCUGCCCAUCAUCGAUCAAUGCUGGCGCCGCUAUGGUGACGGCCCGUGCACCAACUGGGCGAGCGGCGUGACCGACAGCAGCGCAUACAUCCCCAAGACCGUUCCGAGCUCCAUUCGUCAAGUCUUGCGAAUGUUUGACUGCCACAGCUGCGAAACUUGUCGACGACCUUAUGUCGACCUCCAUCGCAUGAUACAACAUGGAUAUCGAUGA